AUGACGUCAGUCGCAGCCUCAGGCCGCAAUCGGGACGCGACCAUCAGCACGCCGGCUUGUGUGCGCGCUAUAAAAACGAACAAACUCACUGGCACAAUAUUUGCUUAUGGCCAGACCUCAUCGGGAAAAACUUUCACCAUGAUGGGGAGUGAUCUGAAUCCAGGAGUCAUACCCAUGGCCAUGGAGGAUGUCUUUCAGACCAUCAAGAAUUUUCCAAAGAAGGAGUUCCUCCUUCGAGUGUCUUACAUGGAAAUAUACAACGAAACGGUGACAGACCUGCUUGUUGACAGCUGGAAGAGAAAGCCUCUGGAGGUCCGCGGGACCAUCGAUAUCUUGGAGAGCCGGGAAAGGAGUGACCCAGCGUCUGGGGAAAGUGCUGACGGGGCAAUUUUUGUAUCCCACCUGAAUUUGGUUGAUCUGGCUGGAUCAGAGAGAGCAAGUCAAACAGGAGCUGAGGGUACACGUUUCAAGGAAGGGUGCAACAUAAACCGCAGCCUUUUCAUACUGGGCCAAGUGAUCAAGAAAUUGUCUGAGGAGAACCAAAGGGGUUUCACAAACUACAGAGACAGUAAGCUAACCCGCAUCCUGCAGAAUUCCCUGGGUGGGAACGCCAAAACUGUCAUCAUCUGCACCGUCACCCUUGCCGCACUUGACGAGACGCUUAGUACCCUGCAGUUCGCCAGCGCAGCAAAGAACAUGAAGAAUGACCCUCACGUCACAGAGGUUUCUGAUGACGGAGCCCUUCUCAAGAGAUAUCGCAAUGAAAUAGUGGACCUCAAACGACGGCUUCAAGAGGUUUCUUCAGUGACGCAGACCACCGUGACGGAGAGGGAGAGUCUCUCCCAGCUCCUGCAGGAGAAGGAUCAGCUCCAGAGAGAGCAGGAGGACAGGAUCAAAAACCUCACCAAACUCCUGGUCACCAGCUCAAACUUUGCUCCUGCCCAAAAAGUGCCAAAACGAAGGGUAACAUGGGGAGGAGGAAAGCUGCUCAGGCUCACCCAGCCGUCAGACAGUGACGCCGGUCGUUCGGACCUCAGUUUUGCCGAACCGGCCGUUCACAAGAGAAAACCUAAUCCGUCCUAUUUAAUGGAGAUGGCCGAAGAUGAUGAGGACCUUUAUUCUCACUGGGGAAUUGGCGAUGAGCUUCCGUAUGAGAUGAACCAGUGCAAUGUGACCUUUCGCAGCCUCGGAGACAGCCCCAAAAGCUUCGUUUCUCCAAACGGGACGCCCGAGUUGUCUGAGAAGAUGUCUGACUUGGAACUGCGACUGGAGGCUGAGAAUCAGCAGAAAGAGGAGGCCCUAGCAAAGGUGGAGAUGUUGGCCAGAAAGGUUGACGAGCUGGAGUUUUUGCUUGAAGCCAGGCGGGAACAGGAAGCCCAGCAUAAACCGGACACCACGGAGAAAGCGGAGCAGGACGCAACAGAGCUGGACCUCCGGCUGCAAAUGGAGAUCAAGCAGAGAAGAGAGGCCGCUGAGAAGUCAGAGAUGUUGGAGAGCAGAGUUGCUGACCUGGAGAGGCGCCUGGAGGAGCAGCGUUGCACGCACAGCGAAACUGAGGAGAAGAUGAAAAGUGAAUUUGCUGAGACCAUCCAGCUGUGUGAGACCCUGGUUUUUGAGAAGGAGAUGGUGUCUUCUGAGAGGGACUACUUGAGGCAGGAGCUGGGCUUAUUUAUGGAGCAGACAGAAAAUAUGGAGAAGGAGAAAGCUGCACUUGUGCAUGAACUGGAAGAGAAAAGAGAGGUGGACGAGUUCAAGUCCCUGGAAGACAAAUGUAGAGAAGAGAACGAGAACGAGCUGCAGAAGGAAAUUUUAUCCCAGAAGCAGGCCUUGGAGUCCUCUGAAUUGAAAUGCCAAGAGCUUGAGGCCAAACUAGAAGCUCUGUCAGAGGAGCUCAAGAAGAAGUCUGAGUGGGCAGAGGAGCUUCAGAGUAUGAGUGGAAAGGACUUGGUGCAGGAGGUGACACAGCUCCGCCAGUCCCUGGAGGAUGCAGAGGGACUCAGUCGAGACACCAAGAAGGAAUGGGCUCACCUACGCAGCCAGAACAUUGCACUCAAGGAGAGGGACGAGGCCCUUACUGCCAGCCAUGAGAAGAUUGAGUGUGAGCUAAAUAGACUGCAAAGCGAACUUGAAACGGAGAAGUCACGCUACAAGAAAAUGCAGUCAGACCUUCAGAAGGAGCUGAACGUCGUCUUCAAUGAGAACACAAAGCUUACCUCUCUGCUGGACGGCAAAGUACCGAAAAACCUCAUCGACAGCAUGGAACUUGAGAAUACGGUGGCUAACCUGAAUAAAGAGCUUGCAGAGUCUCGUGAUGCAGCGGGAGCUCUUCAGGCUCAGCUUAAAGAGUUGACUCCACUCAGAGAACUCCCGGACAAGAUGAGCCACUUGAUGAAGCAGGUGUGUGAGCUGACCGAGGAGCUGUACGCCGUUCAGACCCAGAGAGAUGGCCUGCUCUCUGCCCAGGGCCAAAGCCAGGAUGAGAGCCAGCAACUCAGAGACGCCCAACAGAGCUCCCAGGAGGAAGUCCUCAAACUCCGAGGAGACCUGGACACUGCGGCGCUGCGGGAACAGGAGCUGAUCCAGAGGUGCUCCGACGCCACCGAGCAGCUGGAUAAACUCCAGUCAGACCUGGAGACCGUGGAGGAGACCUGUCUGAGACUUGAUGAGAGUGAACAGCAAAGAACCUCACUCGAGGAAAAAUUGAACGAGACACAACAGCUGAUGAGAGAUUUGGAGGAGAAACUGGCUGACAGCGAACUGUCCAGAAGUACGGAAGAGGAGAUAAGCAAAGAACUUCAAGAGCAGACUGCCAAAUUAAACAUGGAGAUAUCCCAGCUGACUGAGGAGCUCAGGUGUGUCCGAGCCGAGAGAGACGUCCUCCUCUCUGAGAAGCCCUCCAGCGCUCAGAGCUCCACAGGGCAGGUGGAGGAGCUGCUCUCCACAGUGACGUCUCUCACCCAGGAGAGAGACCAGGUCAGGAUGGACCUGCAGGAGAAGGUCAACACGCUGACUGAGGAACUUGAGAGCGUUCGAGCCGAGAGAGAUGUUCUCCUCUCAGAAAAGAUGUCCAGCGCUCAGAGCUCCACAGAGGUGGAGGAGCUGCUUCCCACAAUAGCGUCUCUCACCGAGGAGAGAGACCAGCUCAAGAUGGACCUGCAGGAAAAUGUGGAGAUGAUGAUCGAGAUCCAAGAGGAGCUCAGGACAGCUCUGGAGAAGAACCAUCAGCAGAAGGAGAAGAUCAAACACCUGGAAAUUGCCCAAAUGACCAAACCAGACGGUCUAGACAAUGAGGCAUCAUUACUUCAGCUAGAGGAGCUGAAAAACAAUGUGGAGACUCUGAGUGAGGAGAUACAGACUGUGCGAGUGGAGAGAGACGGCCUGCGGUCCGAGAGAGAUGCUGUGCUGUCUGAGAGAGAUGACUUGCUCCAUGAGAGAGACGGCCUGCGGUCCGAGAGAGAUGUCGUGCUGUCCGAGAGAGAUGGCCUGCUCCAUGAGAGAGACGGCCUGCUGUCUGAGAGAGAUGCCGUGCUGUCUGAGAGAGAUGCCGUGCUGUCUGAGAGAGACGGCCUGCUGUCUGAGAGAGAUGAUCUGCUGUCCAAGAGAGACGGUCUGCUGCCUGAGAGAGAUGCCAUGCUCUCUGAGAGAGAUGGCCUAAUCUCUGAGAGAGACAGUCUGCUGUCCGAGAGAGACGGUCUGCUGUCCGAGAGAGUCGGCCUCCUGUCCGAGAGAGAGGGCCUGCUGUCGGAGAGAGACAACCUCCUGUCUGUGAGAGACUGCCUGCUGUCUGAGAGAGACGGCCUCCUGUCUAAAAAGACAUCCAGUGCUCUGUGUUCAAUGGAGGAUGUGGAGCAGCUGCUCUCCAAAGUGACAUAUCUCACCGAGGAGAGAGACCAGCUCCAGGGGCUCCUGGAGGGACUAAGGCAGGAGAGGAACGAGCUUAGAGUGGAGGUGGAGGAGAAGAUGGACAUGGUUGCACAGGCUCAGGCAAAUGUAAACCAGCAUCACAUGCCCGUCUCAGAACUGAAAGCACAAGAAGAGCAGACACUGGUGCUUCAGCAACAACUGGAGCAGUUGAACGCCGCUCUACAGAAAGUCACUGAGGAGAAGAGUCGGGUGGAGAUCGAUCUGCAGCAUAAAACCGAGACGUUUGCAGAGACCCAAGACCUCUUGCAUUCGCUUAAAGAGCAGCUCCAAAAGGAACAGCAAACCAGCUGUGACCUGGAAAGAGUAAAUCAAGAGAAGCAGACUCAGUUUGAGCAAAAGGCUGAUGAGACAUGGGGCCUCCUGCUGUCCCUGCAAGAAGAGCUUCAAGAGCACAAGCAAAUUAACUCUGACUUGGAAAAACAACGUCAAGAGAAGGACGCUCUUUCAGAACAAAAGAUCCAGCAGCUUGAGGAGCAGCUGGGGGAGGUUACAGAAGAGAGGGACCAGGUCAGGACUGACCUUCAGGAGAAGGCAGAGAUGAUUACUGAGAACCAAGGGGAGCUCCGGAAAGCUCAGGAGCAGAUCAGAGUUCUCAGGGUGGAAAUUGACCUCGUAAAGUCUCAAAAGACGGAGCCAGAGAGUCGACCAGACAGCGGAAGGGAAGCAGAGAGAGACCUCCAACUGGAACAGCUGCAAAGCCAGAUCCAGAGGGUGACUGAGGAAAUCACAAGCUUGGGAGCUGAGAGAGACACUCUCCUGUCCGAGAGAGACGCUCUGUUGUCCGAGAGAGACGCUCUGUUGUCCGAGAGAGACGCUCUGUUGUCCGAGAGAGACGCUCUGUUGUCCGAGAGAGACGCUGUCCUGGCCGAGAGAGACGCUGUCCUGUCCGAGAGAGAUGCUCUCCUGUCCGAGAGAGACACUGUCCUGUCCAAGAGAGACACACUCCUGUCCGAGAGAGACGCUGUCCUGUCCGAGAGAGAUGCUCUCCUGUCCGAGAGAGACACUCUCCUGCCCGAGAGAGAUGCUCUCCUGUCCGAGAGAGACGCUGUCCUGUCCGAGAGAGACACUGUCCUGUCCGAGAGAGACGCUCUCCUAUCCGAGAGAGACUCUUUCCUGUCCGAGAUGAAGUCGAGUGCUCAGAAUUCUAGAGAGGAUGUGGAGAAGCUGCUCUCUAAUGUGACGUGCAUCACCGAGGAGAGAGACCAGCUCCUGAAGGUCGUGGAGGUACUGAAGCAGGACAACCAGCUCAAAGCAGAGAUGGAGGACAAGAUGAAAACGCACAUAGUACAGGACUGUGAUAUUUGCCAUAGAUACAGCAAGACGAAGCCAAAGCCUGCUGUGGGCUUGCCUCUUGCUUCAACGUUUAAUGAAACGGUGGCAGUAGAUUUGCAUGAGUUGGAACCAGGGGUAUGGUACCUCCACAUCAUUGAUCAAUUCACAAGGUUCAGCGCAGGAAGCAUUGUAAAAACCAAGAAGUCCUCAGAGAUCGUCAAGUCAUUUCUUCAUACAUGGAUAGGAAUCCACAGCGCCCCCCAGAGGCUCUACAGCGAUAACGGAGGAGAAUUCAAUAAUGCAGAGUUCCGUGAUAUGGCUGAGAACUUUAACAUUGAGAUGAAAACAACAGCGGGAUACAGUCCCUGGAGCAACGGACUACUGGAGAGGCAUAAUCAGACCCUCACCGACAUCAUUCUGAAGGCUGCAACCACUCAAGAUCAGCAACAGCGGGACAGUUCAAGAAGGCUGCAAGACUCCAGUCUGCAACUGGAGGAGUCCUUCAGUAGGUUUCAGGAGUUUAUAAAGGACUGCUCGAAGCAAAGCGUCAUGCCCAAGGACCAGGGGCAAUACUCCAUGAUGCUCAAGCACUUGUCCGCUCCUCCGAAGCACAUCCUUGAGGCCUGCGGUGCGGUCAGGAAACUGACUGUGGAGACUAUGAAGAGUCUGGAGAAUAUCAAGCGGAUGCUGACUCACUACGCCCAAGACUACAAGUUGCGGUUUGAGGAGCUGGUGGAGAGCGACCUGGCUGUGUUCGAGGAGACCCGGCUGCAAGACGUGCUGUUGUUCAGGGCCCAGGCCAGCAGAUACUCAGUCAAGGAGGAAGACCUACAGACUGUGUGGGAGCACAAGCUCUCUAAGCUGCUGGAUAAGAGGGACUUUUACCUUCAAAAAAUGGCCGACCAUUUUGAGAAACUCCAAGCGAACGUAGCUACUUACCCCCGCGACCUGUCAGAUGAGGUCCGAGCACAGGAGAGGUUCAACCAGCAGCUGCGGGUGGUGUGCAGUGAACAGUCAGUCAACUGGAGCCUACUGGACAACGUUUUAAGUGUCGAGCUCAGCCGCUGCUCCUCAGUGGCACAAAGCCAUAAAAUGGCCCUUCAGAACGUUGUUGACAUGCACAAAGGCCUUUCCCGCGAGCUGGAGCUGCUUUGCGAGCAGGCUCAGACUCUGCUGACACAAGAGAAGAGGAAGACCGCCACCCUGCUGCAGGGUCGGGAGAACGUCGUGCCCGCCACGGAGCUCGAUCUUCUGGAGGACUCCCGGCGACUUGUCCUGCUGCUUCAGCAAACUGAAAAAGAAGUUGAAGCCAUGCAUAUACGCAUUGAACAGCUGGAAGAGGACCAAGUUAAAAGUACCAACAGGUUGUCCAACCACAAACAGACCACCCAGCUUCUGCAGACAGAGGUGCAGGAUGCCUAUGCACGGGUUCAGGUUCAGGAGAGCACGAUCCAAACCCUGAAGAGUAAACUGCAGGAGAAUGAGGCCAUCAUGAAGAAAAAUGCACCUUCCAGCACCGCAGAGUUAGAAAAUCUUCGGGAUAAAGUGGUGAAACUGGAGGUGGCAUUGACAUCUGCAUCCACUAAACAUCAAGAGGAGACCAGGAGGCUGACCACACUGAUUGACAUCAAGGAGGAUUCGCUCAGGAGGCUGAAGGAGACACUGAGGAAGUCUCAGUUGAAAGGGGAGGACUCCUUCCUGCAGGGUGAGGACCUCCAUGACAGACUGACUCACCCCAAGGGUCGUACCAUCCAGAGCAGUGUCAUUCUGGAAAAGAACAAACUAGAAGAGGAAGUAAAACAACUCCGUUUAAAAAUAACUGAACAGGAAAGCUUGGUGGCCAGCCAACAAGCAGAGAGCACCAAGUGGAAAAGCCGAGCCCUUAAGCUCAAGGUGAAGAGCAAGGCGGUAGUGGAGAAGCCUUUGUCACCCUGCACCCCCACCAAGCGAUGUCUUUCAGUGACUUCGGAGAGCUCCAACUUCUCGAGUUCCCCAAAGCGGUUCCUGGGCACGCCCAAGAAAGCACUGGGCUCUCCGGGUAUCUCCGUCCCCAGUUCGCCGAAAAGCCAAUUUUUUGAUGUUGGCACGAAUCCGGAGUCCCUUAACAAAUACUAUUCCAAGAAGUUUUUCGACAACAGCAACCUUGGCACCGUUCCAGAAGUUUCUGGUGUUGUCGAAAACACAGAUGUGGACGAUGAUGAUGAAAAGAAGGGAAAAUCCUCCCCAGAGCAAAUCAAAAUUGUCAUUGAAGCCCAAAUUAUGGGCUCUGCAGGCAGACCGGAGUCAAGUGUGGAGGCUGAGGAUUCUGCUGAAGCGCCCUACUCCACGGGCCUGUGGGAAUAG